AUGCCACCGCAAACCCCCAGGUCAAACGCCAAAUCUGGCGUCAGCAUCACUCCUUCUUUUUCCUUUGGCUUGGGUCUACUGCCUUCGUUCCGCUUUGGCAGUCCUAGAAACAUCAACCUUUUGAGCUCCUUGUCGCCACACCGGUUUUUCAACAGGUUUGCAAAGGGCAAGGAUGAAGAUUUGAAGAAAGAGGACGGCGAGGAAAAUCCUUUCGACCAUCCCAACCCGGCUGCUGCUGCUGCUGCUGGGCCUUCAACUGAAAAGGAUAGCUUCGAGUUGGAUAAACACUCCGAUACCAUGAACGAUUCGGCAGAUAUCUGGUCCUUGACAAACGACUCGCAGUAUCAGUCACUUUCGCUUAAUCUCACGUCAAUUAAUGAAGAUACGUCGCCAAAAUCGUGUGAGCCGUUCUUGUCGCCUCACGAUAUGUUUCUCAAGAAACCAGCAGAUAUUAAGGAUUCGGGCUUGAAGUCGUCUCCUGUCGACAAGGGAGAUACUCCUUCGUCUACUUCGUCAAAUCUCAAACGGAAACGUUCAAUUGACGACUCGCCUUGUGCUACGGUCGUUGCUCAAAUCAGCAACCUGGACUCCCCUCAAGCGAACGUGCCUUAUGAUGACCUUGAAAAAUCGUCCAAGGAGCUUUGGUUCUCUGAAUUAGACGAUGUGUUGGUCCGCUGUCAUAAAAAGUACAAGUCAUUCAAGGCGUCCCAGUCUCCGGGCUCGACGUUGACAAAGUUAACGUCUCAAAAUCAAGUUCUUUCGAAAAUGUUAUAUAAGAAGACUGGAGUUCAGCGAACUUCAAAGCAAAUUGCAUCUCGCUUGUCUAGACUAAGAAAGGUGGAAACCACAAAACUUCGAAACGCUUUGGCCAAGGACAAUGUUCCACUACUAAGUCUGGAACCUGAUAGCCCCGAGUCUUCUCCGUUGGAUUUCUCGCUUGACAAGUUGGAAUUGUCAUUUACAUAUAAACGCGCUGUUCAGGGCGUCCACCAGUUCCUUCAGCUAACGGAAUGCCCUAGGGAAUGUCCGGUUCUAACCGCUGAUGAUAUCUCCAAGGAAGUUGCCUUUGAGAAUAGACGCUUUAAAGAGGACUUUGAUCGUAUGCUUCCUCGCCUAGAGGAUGUGCCCGUGUACUCUGUCACGGGAAGUAUGAACUUGAAACCAUCCCAGGGUCUGACAUCUACACCAGUGUCUCCAUUAACUGAUCCAGCCCUGUUUUGCAUAGACAAUGGUGACUUCCUGUCAUUCAUGGAAUUCAAAGUAAUUGCGAGAAACACGAGCGAGCAGUUCUUGUCAUGGAAAUCAUUGACGACUAUCUACAAAGAUGAGGACAAAGUGCUAUUAAGCACGCGUGAACAGAUUAAUGGCUAUAGAUACGUGGAAGAUGUUUUUGAUUUGCAUGUUCCAUUCAUGAACCACUUUUGGGCCGGGUACUUGACGUUUCUAAGCAAUGGUUCCAACACGAGCAGUGACAUCAAGAAUCUCUACAUUACCCAGGUGAUCUAUGAAGGCGAGAAUGAAAUGAAUGGAACCAUUCAUGGAUACUUGACAUACAAGUUUGAAAUUGGGUCUAACGGCUCCAGUGGAGGGUUUAUCAGGGUUCUGAAGAUGCAAAAGAAUGAAAAGCUAAUUGAUGAUGAUCUGGACGAAAACGCCACUGUGCUUGUUCACUCAUCUCCUCUUAAAUCUUCGCCUCAAAAGGGUGAUUUAACGGUGAACACUCAUUUGGCGAAUCAGGGCAUUGUUGAACAUCCUCUGACUGUACCAACUUAUAAUGCAUCCUUGGUAAACCAAUUCAACCCAAACUACGAAGCUGGUUUUUCACAGGAAGCACAAGGUAGGCCACCAAUGGUCACAUCUCAAAGUACGAGCCAGGUUCCACAUUCUACCCAGGCAAGAACUCCACUUACGGCCGUGGAGCCGUCAUCAGCACAUCCACUUCUGCAACCAUCUGCUGGUCAGAUGCCUCAGAAUUACCAAGGUGGUUUCAUGCCAUGGUCGUCGAAUGCUCAAUUCAACCCACAAGUACAUCCGCAAAUGGUUGCACAGGCAGCUGCAAUGCAAGCAGCCGCUCAAAGCUUACCGCAAAAUAUGGUCCAAGGGGCCACUAAUAUUCCAGCUGAUCAAUACGGCUCCGAAAGAUACGUUCCUGUUGGGGCUCCCAACCUGGGAAUGGCUAACAACGCUCAAGCGAUGAUGAUGCAAAGGAGAAGCGUUCAAAAUAAUGAUGCAGAAUUUGGAGCGAACGCUAAUAUGGUUCCUUCUGGUCACAAUUGGCAGGGCCAGAUGCCACAAAACGUUGCGGGACAUUUCGUUAAUCAAAACAUUCAGCCUUGCAUAAAUUCUGCACCAGCAUCACAAUUGCAUUUCUUCCCGCAGAACGAAGCAAGGUCUUCUGUGCCAAAUGCCCGGAAGUCUCUGAAGGGCUCCGAGCAAACUGACCAUGGCAGCAAGCCGAACAACAAUAACAUUACGUUUGGUCCAAUCAUGGGAUAUGAUCCACUGAGGGAUAAUAAAACACAGCCGAAGAAGAACAAGGGCGGCAUGAACAUUCAUAAGUUCUCAUUGAACCCUCAGAUCAUGUACAAACCCAAGAAACAAUAG